ACACAGUUUCUGGAGACAUCCAGAGGGAGAAAGAACGAUAGUCGCUUCAGGAUAAAUCUUAAAACCCACAAGCUCAACAAUCAUCCUGAUCAUCCACUCAGAGCAAAUUUUACUGAAAUUUUGUGUUUGAUCGUAUAAUCAACACCGUUUGCAUCGAAGCUGCAGAAAGAAUCGGUAGGAAUUGCUGUCAAAGUUUAUCAAAAACCGCGUAAUUGUACGAUGGAAGGUUAUUUUCCGGUGAAGAUGAAGAGGAAAGAUCUAGAUGAAGUUAACGACGACUUCUGCGACUUCUCCCUUUCUUCUCCGGCUAGGAAAAUCCGCCGUCUGGAUGCUGAAUUGCCUCCAAUAAUUGAGGAAGAAGAGAUGGGGAAUCCAGUGGUAUUUGAACAAUCGGUUCCCUCUCAAGCUACAUCCAUGGAACAAGUAAUGACAAGUAGUCCGGUAGCCAUUAAUGAGCUGAAUGGUAGUCUUCCUGAGAAUGAAGAAAGGGCUAUUGUUCUAUACGAUCCCAUGAACAACAUUCCUUUAAUCCAAUCUCGCUCACCUUUCUCCAUUUCAGUUAAUUCAGACUUCCUUUCAGGGUACAAAAGUAAGUUCUUCGCUCCAUAUAUAAUCAAAUCUUCAGAUGAUGACAAAACAGAGAAACAUGAAGGUGGCUCUGAGCCAAGUAAAGGUAGCCUAGCGGUGGUGCCAUGGGUGGCACCGCCUUCACACCACUAUGGAGCCCCAGAAGUGGAGCUCCAUGAAGCAUCUGAGAUGAUGGAUGCAGAUGAUAUGGAAGCCAUAACCAUGGAUAUCGAAGAUGCCAACUCACAACAAAUUCCAAGAAACGAGAUGAAUCAGUGGCAACAACAUUGUAUGAUUCCAGAAGCUCCCAUGAAUUUGUCUACACCAAUUUCUUGGUCAGGUACUACGGGUGUUUAGCAGUUAAAGUUAGGUUUUUAGUUGUUAUUGUAGUUUGAUUCAUGAAGGGUUGGAACUGGUUUAUUGGGUAGAACCCUGGGUAGGUGUGGAAAGGGUAAAUAUGGUAUUAUUGUAGAAGGAAUGUUAUAUUGGAAGAGGUCUUGUAUUUGGAUCUGAUUCAAGAAUCGAAAUGAACAUUCUAGUUUUUGAAUAUUGUGUGUCACAUUUUGUAGAAUCAAAAAUUGAAAACCCU